AUGUGGUUCUUGGUGGGAACUGCAACGCCCCUCUGUUUGAUAGGAGUCCUGAUCACACAGUUUCGAACCAGGGCGCCAGGAGCCGAAACCUUCCCCCAACUGAUGCUGGCACGAUUCGGGAAGAGAGUACACCUCCUAUUCUGUUUUAUUACCAUUCUCAACAACCUGUCCAUCCUUACAUCUGUGGUGAAUACUGGUAGUGGAUUCUACUCAGUCAUAUCGGAGAGAGUGACAUUCGAAUUGGCGUGGAUAAUUACUGUUAUUGUUGGUGAAAUCUGCGCAUCUGUCGGCAGUAUGUCUGACAUCCUUCCAUUUAGCGCCACCAUAUUCGUCUACCUUUUGACAAUGGGUCUAGUUAUCACUAUCAAGGUAUUCUUCUACGACGAGACCGGUCUGCUGGGUAAGAAAACGUACAACGACUGUUCAAGGUCUAUUGAAAAGGUCUAUAAUGCUACACAUGCUGUUGACCUCUCUAAUGAAAAGGAUGGAGACGAUCAUUUGACUAUGCGAAGCUACUUUUCGCUCGAAAUGGGACUGUGCAAAUUUCUAGCAAGACCAACGGUGGAGAUAGCGAAGCGUCUUCUUGGUCCGAAUGGCCUCUUUGCACUCUUCUCUCUUUACGCCUUUAUAGUGACAACAGCAACAAUUAUGCAGAUUUUUUCCGUCACUAAGAUACUGACGCUCGACAUAUAUGCUGUUCAUCUGCGACCAUUCAGAGUGUGCUACGAGGUCAACUGCUGCAUCUUUUGCGGCAAAUCGAAAGACGAAAAGACACGUCCAAAGGACAAAUGCCUGUGCUGUGACCCAGCCAACUGUCAACAGUGCCAGGAGGACUUAAAGUCUGUCGCGACUGAGAAUAUUAACCUUCCACUCAGUGGAUGGUCAUAG